UCCUUGUUCUUUUCCUCCUUCCCUCCCUCCCUGCUCUUUCUUCCUAAAAUCACUGCUGUUUAAAAACACUCCCAGAUCACCCCUACCCCACUAGAAAUCCGUCGCAGGAGAGAAGGAGUCAGGCACAGGCGGCGGGCCCGUGCCUUCGCAAGCACCAUCUGGCACCUGCGAGUCCUCGCCACUUUGCGUCCGCCCGGAGGUGAGAGGGGCGGGAGGCAAAGGACGCGCAGAGCCAGUGUGACCCAUUUCUUCGGAAACUUUCAGCUGAUCGCAGCCCUCCCCCUACCCGAGACUCUUUAACCAUCCAUCAAGCCAGAAAAGUACAGCGACCUCUGCCUAGCGUUUGGAGUUAGAAAACAGGCGAAGCAACAAAAGCGAGGACAAGAGGUUCGCCCCUCCGCCUCCCCACCGCCCAACGGCAGUGGACGCAGCGCGGCGGCGCGGCCGGAAGGGGCCGCUGUGCGCUCAGAGCAGCCGCCCGGCCGCAGCCGCCGCCGCCCGCACCUCCCACGGCCCCGCUGGCCCAGCCCCGCCAAGUUCCAACAGCCCCCAGUCGAGCGAGCGCCGGGAACGAGCAGCGCCCGGGCAGAGGCAGACGGCGCAGACCAGCCAGGCUGCGGCGCGCGGCGGCGAGGCUCCUGGGAAACUCUCACGGCCCGGGGACUUUGGAAAGGAGAGAGCGAGCAGCCCUCGCGCGCGCAAGUCGGCAAGUGAGCGCUCCGCUCGGCACCUGUUCCUCUCGCCCCACCGCCUUCCCAAUCCUCGGACCCGCGCCUCCCUGGGCGCCUGCCCGCUCCCGCAAUGAAUCCAGCGCUGGGCAACCAGACCGAUGUGGUGGGCCUCUUCCUGGCCAACAGCAGCGAGGCCCUGGAGCGCGCCGUGCGCUGCUGCACCCAGGCGUCCGUGGUGACCGACGACGGCUUCGCCGAGGGCGGCCCGGACGAGCGCAGCUUGUACAUCAUGCGCGUGGUGCAGAUCGCCGUCAUGUGCGUGCUCUCGCUCACUGUGGUCUUUGGCAUCUUCUUCCUCGGCUGCAACCUCCUCAUCAAGUCCGAGGGCAUGAUCAACUUCCUGGUGAAGGACCGGAGACCGUCUAAAGAGGUGGAGGCGGUGGUCGUAGGGCCCUACUGACCGGCCCUCCGGCCCCCGCGGCAGCCGCCCCACGCCUCCCCACUUCGCCUGCCCGGCCGCGCCCCCUCACCAUCCGAGACUGGGCGAAGCAAACCUGUCGGAGUCAAAUUCUUUCUCUCGACUUCUGCCUUUCGGGAUGAAGCGACCCGUUUUUGGCUCGCCUUCUGAAACUCCCCAUGCCUGGGUGUAGGAGAAGAGCGCCCAGACUCUAGACUCAGCAGCAAGUGGUAAAAAGAGGGCGAUUAGGGCGCAGAACUUUGGAAGCUGCCGAUAGCGUGGGAUGUGGGGAGACCGACGGGGCGAAGGCCCUUCUCCACCCGCAGGUGGGCCAAGUCUGGGGGCAGAUGGAGAGGGCGGGCAGGGGAGAGACACAGCGGCACCGAUUGCCUGGUGGCCGGAAAAAGUGACCUGCGUAUACGCCACGCAACAGAUCUAAUGGAGACACACAAAUCCGUGUCCAAAUUCGCGCCCAAUCCCUCCCGCUCCUCCCAGCCCUGGCGGGAGAGGCGAUAAAUACCUUUGAUUGAUAGUACCGUGCCGUUUUAAGGAAUUUUGUGUUUGCUUGAAUACAAAUAUUUGAUAAGUCCUUUUCUGCCCUAGUGACCUGUUUGCCUGCCUGGGGGCUAGAGUUUUGUCAUCGUGGGAGAAGGGGUGGGGGGAGGGGGAGCCUGCGACUGUGAACGGGGUGAGUUGUUUCUUUCAUUGCAUUCCCAGCUGGGUCUUUUGGGGAAGCUGGUGCCCCAGCUGGCCCCAGGCAAAGACCCGGAACAGAACUCGUAGCUCAUGACUGCACGGUUUACGCCACAAAAGUGCUCUUGACAUUCGUGACACCGUUUUGACUUUUUUUUUCUUGUUUAACAUUUCCUUAAUAAAUGCAACAUUUAAGUGUUUU